AUGCUCGCAGGAAUAGAUAAAGCCCACGUGCAGAUAUCAUCAUCUGGGAGUAUAGACCUUCGAGUAUCCCUACUGAGCAAAGAAUCUGCUGAUACCCUCGAUAGUCCUGUAACUGAUCAG